CCUCCGCAGUCCCUGAUCAAAGACCUGGAGGAGGCGGAGGAGCAGCACGCCCGGGCCCUGCGCAGCCACUUGCACAACAUUGACCGCCUGUUGGAGCUCCAGCGCCGCCGCCUGAGGUGCCUGCAGGAGGGGUACGAUGCCCAGCUGGAGGCCCUGCAGACAGAGUUUGAGGAAGAGAGGAGGCUCAUCCUCGAGCAGCACGAGCGAGAAAGCUGCUGCCUGCAGGACAUCAUGCUGGCCACGGAGCAGAACUACACCAAAAAGGAGGAGGAGGUCACGAUGAAUUUCCAGAGUGCCCAGGCUGACAUGAAAAACAAGAGCCUGUGGGACACGGAGUACAGCCGCCUGCAGCUGAGUGGGAAGGUGGAGGGGCUCUGGGAGCAGCUCCAGAGGGCCGUGCAGAGCUACACCGAGGCCACCGAGCACCAGAAGAUCACUUUCGAGGUGCUGAAGCAGAAGGACAAGAAGAGCUCCAGGGAGAUCAAGAUGCAGAUGAAGAAGCUGCAGAAGCUGCAGGACUUGGUGACAGCCACCAAGGGCCAACUCGUGGCUCACCGCCGGGAGAACGAGGAGAGGAACAGGCAGGCACGGGAGGAGAAGGAGAAGCUGAUGAGGCAGCUCCAGGAGCUGGAGAGCAGCAUGAGCCAGGCCAGGAUGAAGGCCCGUGGUGACCUGGCCAAGCUCACCGUGCAGAGCAACGCCACCCUGAAGGCGCUGGUGAAAGUGGUGGAGAAGCAGGCCAUGCAGGACUACGUGGGGCUGGAGCGUUUCUGGCAGCGCUUCAACAAGGUGAAGCUGGAGGAGCAGGCCCUGGAGCGGGCACGGGAGGUGCUGAGGGAGAGGAACCGGCGCCUGCGGGGGGUGCUCAGGAGGUGCCUGGAGGGGUUCUCGGUCCACCAAGAGGUGCUGG